UAUGGAAGAUAAAAAAGAGCCGCUCCUUCAAAACUAUGAGCAAGACCAAAAAGACCUUAUGAAGAAUGAUUUGGUCUCGAAGUAUAAAGACCUUCCUUCCAUUGAUGUGGAGAUGAGCUACUUAAGUGAUUUAAACUUUAUUUUUAGGAAUUUUUUGAGGAGAUAAGGUAUUUGUGAUUAUACCAUUCAAGAGCCGUCAAAGAAUAGUUAAAGAGAAAUGGAGAUAUUCUAGAUUGUCUUGAUAAAUUUAUUCAUAAAAAGAAGUAAUUAUGAAUAAUGUUAAACUCAGUCCUGAUUUUAUCGGCCUUCAGAAAAGGUUUCGAUUCCUACUUCCCCAGUGAUGCUGGUAUUGUCUUUUCUAAGAUGAACCUUCCUAUAUUUGCAGAUAGAAAGCCUAAGAGCAUUGCAUACAAAAAAUAAAAAUACGGACUUUAAUAAACAUA